GAACAACUCUCUGCGCAUGCGUCCCGAACUAGGACAGCUAUUGGCCGGCAAACGAUGUGAAUUAAGAUUCCUAACAGGCUGCCUUUCGGACUUCGCUAGUACAGGGAAGAAGUCCGAGUAACAAGUGGUUUCUCAUCCCUUUGCAGCACACAAAACAUGGAUUGCGGUGUUGAGGCUACUGAUGGCUUUUGCGAGCCUCGAUUAACCUGCUACAAAGACAACUCUUUGGAUAGAAAUCGCGUCAAAGACGAAAGCUGUCGGCGGAUCUGUGUUUAAAGGUAAAUUUCUUGCCCUGAAUUAUAUUGGUGAGAAAAGCAACACCUUUUGAUAGAAAUUUGUCAAUAUUUCUGCUUGUGCGACCUUUGAAGAAUUAUGAUUUCCAUAUUCGCUUUUCUGAUUUGUUGAAUAACGUGGAAAUAAAGAUUGCUUCGGAUUUUUCGAAGGGUUUGUUUAUAUUUAUUUUCAUCAACGACUGCUUUUGAUCAAUUGAACAAAGAUCUUCGCAUCUUCUGUGUGUUCUUUUAGAGUUUUCUUUUUUACUUGCCGCUUUUAAUCUGUGCAGUGUAUUGCUGUGUAUAAUGAAUAAUUACAAGAUUGGAUAAGUACAAGUAUAUAGAUUGCUGACUAUUUCUACAUCUGAUAUAAUUCUGCUUGGAAUUCUGUUUUUUUUUAAACCAGUGAUUCGGAUAAAUUAAAGCAGCGGUGAUCUUUAAAAUCCUUCAUUGAAAGUCAUCUUCUUUCUGAAGACAAAUUUGGAUUUCUUUUUUCAGGUUUUGUGCUUGAAGCAACGUGAAAUCUUGAACGCAAAAAAAAAAAAAAAAAAAAAAAAAAUUUAGCAAGACUCGAUUGUACCAGCAAGUGUUCUUCGGAGCUUUUCAGUUCUAAAUAUUAAACCUUAAAAUAGAAACAAAGUUGGAAGUUAUAUAAUAAUAAUUAUUAUUUUGAAAAAAAAAAUUGGUGCGAAUUUUAAAAAGAAAAAGAAAAAAGAAUCUGGUAACUACUACUGUAGGGUCACGAAUCAUCAGAGAGCACCUGUGAGUUGAGUUGCCUAAAAAGAGGGGGCUGGUAUCGUUGAGGGGUUUUCACCCCUCCUUCCUUCUCGAGUGCACUUUCCCAAUCCAGAACAAUAGAACCGGCGAGGCAGAAGCUUUUCAUGUAGCAAAGUGAAAACUGGACUGCAGUCGACGUCGUCUAUCUAGCGACAAUUAUCAUAGUGUUUGGCCUCUUCAACCGACCAACUGGAAAUGUGGAAUUAUUUCCAGUUUACGUGCCUUCUUCCAACAGAGUGAUCCAACCAGGAAAGAUAAAAUAAUAAAGGUUCCUGACCAUGCGCCAGCGCAUUUGGGCGCUACUGCUUGUUGCCUUCGUUGUCGCGGGAGUCCACGUGAAACUGGCGGCAGCGGAGAUACGGAAAAACUAUAAAGUUAGUCCUAAUAAAGAAAUAGUGAAAGCUUUUGAAAAGCGACUUCUCGAAAUGUUCGGUCUGGAAAGCAGGCCGAGGCCUUUGAGCAAUGGCCUAGUGUCGAACUAUGUGUGGGAACUGUAUAAAAAACAGGAGGAACUACAAGGUUUUGAAGAGUCAAAUACUAUUAGGUGCUUUAAAGCUCAGGAGAGUUAUCCUGAGAAUAACUGUGAUCACCUUAAAGCUCUCUACGAGUUUGACAUAAGCGGAAUUCCAAUGGACGAAGAAAUAUGGGCCGCUGAACUAGUCGUAUAUCGCGAAAAAUCCUCGUCAUCCGAAGGACGUCAUCCGCUUCAUAGGGUGCAGGUAUUCGAUGUCAUUCGACCAGCUUCAACCGAAGCUAACUCAAUCCAAAGACUUCUCGACACUCGGAUAUUCCGAGGCUCAAAUAAUGGCACGUGGGAAAGUAUGGAUGUGCUUCCUGCGGUACAAAGGUGGAGGGCCGAGCCUUCACAAAACUAUGGACUUCAUGUAGAACUUGCCAGCUCGGUGGAAGCGUCAAAACCUCAACAUGUCAGACUAAAAAAAUGGACUGAGGAAGACCCUGAAAGGUGGACACAGUAUGAACCACUUUUGGUUACCUAUUCUAGAAAUAAAGAUUCAAAGUUUGAAGUGUUAUCCAGGACUAAGCGCAGUAACAAUGGCAAUGGUGUUAAAAGACACAGAAAGAAAGGUCGCAAAGACAAUUGCCGGAGGCAUGCUUUGUAUGUGGAUUUCAGUGACGUUGGCUGGAAUGAUUGGAUCAUUGCGCCUCCAGGUUAUAAUGCCUACUUUUGCCAUGGGGACUGUCCGUUUCCUUUGCCAGAUCACCUCAACUCUACUAAUCAUGCAAUUGUGCAGACAUUAAUGAACUCUGCUAAUCCCGCGGCAGUACCGCGGGCUUGUUGUGUGCCAACAGAAUUGUCACCUAUCUCGAUGCUCUACAAAGACAAAUAUGAUAAUGUAGUGCUCAAAAACUAUCAAGAUAUGGUUGUUGAAGGUUGUGGAUGUCGUUAAAAUGUAAGCAUUCCGUGAAUUGCUUUUUGUUUUGCUGCCAAAGUGCAAUUAUAUCAGAUAGUGAAAGUCUACUACAAUCCAAUCUCAAGUGCCUUCAUUGUUUAUAAAUUAUAUAAGCAAAAGAGAAAAAAAAAGAACGAUGUUUCAUUUAUAGCCAGUAUCACUCAUUAAUGUUGUUCUUAUGGCUAUGAGAUUGCUAUGGUGCUAUUAUGCAAACUUUUUAUUGUAAUUACUAGUAAAAUGAUUUGAUGCUACUUAAUACGAUUAUUCUAUUUUUAUACAUUUAAAAAUAAUUCUUAUACUUUUCUUAAAGCCUGAAUAAAAUCUAGUUUUAAUUUUAGUUUUCUAUUGAAAACAGUCAUUCUCGUAUAAAAUUAAAAUUACUCAAUUCUAAAUGCUUUGAUUAAUUAUAAUUUCAAUAAAAAUAAUGCUGUUGAUGAUUUUUGAAUGACUUUUACAUCUUUUUAUCUAAAACUUGCUUCAAAACGUUAUUUCAAUAGAAUAUAGUUCCAUAAUCAUUUAAUGAUAUAAUAAUUGCAUGCAUAUAUCAAACGAAUAAUGAUGAACUGGUACUCUUGAUGUAAUUUUUAGAUAUGGUUCGAGGCUCUAUUUGAUUUGCAGAUUUUAAAGUCGUUUUUUAUUCCAUAAAAAUGAAUAUUUUAAGGCCAUUUUACAAUUUGUGCUAAGAUUUAAUGUUUAUUUCACGCAGUUAAGCUACUUCUUAUUAUCUAACAUUUUG